UGCUUCCUUAGCCUCACUGUCUGCACUUGGUUCUGACUCCAAAAGUAUUCCUGACAGUUCAGCAGGUUAGGGUGAUUAAGAAUUGAGAUAGAAAUGUACUGACAGGUGCAGCAAGUGUGAUAGGAGGAUGGAAGGAGUACUUUGAAGAUUUGAUGAAUUAGGAAAAUGAGAGAGAGCAGAAUAAGCAACUACUUUGAAUCAGGAAGUAGCAAAGAUUAGUAAGGAUGAAGUAUAUAACAAAGGCAUUGAAAAUGAUGAAGACUGGAAAAGCAGGUUUUCCUGAUGAUAUACCUAUGGAUGUAUAGAAGUGUCUAGAAGAGACAGCAGUAGAGUUUUUGACCAGGCUGUUCAAUGAGAUCUUAGAGAGUGAGAACAUGCCUGAUAAAUGGAGAAGAAGUGUGGUGGUAAUAAUUAUCAAAAACAAUGGUGAGAUGUGCAGAGCUGGGGAAACAACAGAUAAAUAAAGUUGAUGAGUCAUUCAAGAAGUUACAGGAAAGAGUAAUGGAAGCUAGACUGAGGUCAACAGUGAGCUUCUGUGAACAGCAGUAUGGUUUCAUGCCAAGACAAACUACUACAGAUCCAAGAUUUGCUGUAAGGAGAUUCAAGAUUUGCUUUCAAGGUCAAAGGGAGCUGCAUUGUGUUUUUGUAGAUCUAGAGAACGCAUAUAACAGGGUGCCAAGAGGGAAGCUGGAGCAGACCAUGUAUGAGAGCUGAAAGAAGAGAAAUGAAGGUCAGCAGGGGCAAGACAGAAUACAUGUGUGUAAAUGAGAGGGACCCAAGUGGAGACAUAAGGUUACAGGGAACAGAGAUGAAGAACGUGGAGGAUUUUAAGUACUGGGGUAAACAGUCCAGAGCAACGAUGAGUGUGAAAAAGAGGUGAAGAAACGUGUCCAAGCAACUUGGAACAUGUGGAACAAAGUGCCAGUUUGUGAGGGUGAGAUCGUGCUGACGGGAGGCUGAGCACAGGGAUGUGAGCGGACAGUAAAGAUGACCCUGUUGGCAGGUGAUGGCUCUGACUAUGACUACAGUGCCCUAAGCUGUGCCUCUGACACCUCCCUUAAUCAACCUCCCCAACAAGAGGAAGAGGCUCAGAAGGGAGCCUUCUACAAAAGGGCCCAGCUCGCCCCUGAACUCAGUGCCAUCCCAGACAACAACACUCUGUCCAGCACCUGGAAGAUCCAUGCCAUCAUUAAUGUGGGUGGCCUGCGCUACCAGAUGCCUUGGACCACUUUAGAGGAUUUCCCUCUUUCCCGUCUGGGUCAGUUGCACCUAUGCAGCAGCUUUGAAGAGAUUAUGCUCAUCUGUGAUGACUACGAUGUUACACACAAUGAGUUCUUCUUUGAUCGCAGCCCCUGCGCCUUCAGGACCAUCCUGACCUUCUUACGGGCAGGUAAGCUGCGCUCCCUCAGGGAGAUGUGUGCACUCUCCUUCAGGGAGGAGCUCCUCUACUGGGGUGUACCAGAGGAGAGCUUGGAGUGGUGUUGUCGUCGGCGCAUGCUGCAGCGUCUGGAAGAGUUUGAAGCAAUUGAGAGAGCGGAAGAGGAGGAUGAACUCUUGGAGGAUCAGUUGGAUUCUGAGAACGUGCACAAAGAGCACACAGCUGAGUCUAGAAUCAACUGGUGUAUGAGCAAACUGAGAGACAUGGUGGAGAGGCCUCACUCUGGCCUGCCAGGAAAGAUCUUUGCUUGUUUGUCAGUGUUGUUUGUUACCAUCACAGCCAUCAACCUCUCCAUCAGCACAAUGCCAGCUAUGAGAGAAGAGGAGGAGGCGGGCACAUGUUCCAAGAUGUGUUACAAUAUAUUCAUAGUGGAGACUGUAUGUGUGGCCUGGUUCUCUUUGGAGUUCUCCCUACGGUUCAUUCAGGAUCGCAGUAAGUUGACCUUCUUCAGAAAGCCUCUGAACCUGAUCGAUGUGGUGGCCAUCCUGCCAUACUACAUCACGCUGCUGGUGGACGGCACGUCCAAGGGGGAGAAGCGUCUUGGCUCAGGCAGCAGCUACUUGGACAAAGUGGGCUUGGUGCUGCGGGUCCUCCGAGCCCUGCGCAUCCUUUACGUUAUGCGGCUGGCUCGCCAUUCGCUGGGCCUGCAGACUCUUGGCCUGACGGCAAGACGUUGCACACGGGAGUUUGGACUGCUCCUCCUUUUCCUGUGCGUGGCAAUUGCUUUGUAUUCACCACUGUUGUACCUGAUAGAGAAUGAAAUGGCUGCCACACAGGAGUUCACAAGCAUCCCUGCAACCUAUUGGUGGGCUGUGAUCACUAUGACAACGGUUGGUUAUGGAGACAUGGUGCCAAGGAGCAUCCCAGGUCAGGUAGUAGCUCUCAGCAGCAUCCUAAGUGGAAUCCUCCUGAUGGCGUUCCCGGUCACCUCCAUUUUUCACACCUUUUCCCGAUCCUAUGUGGAGUUGAAGCAGGAGCAGCAGAGGAUCCUACAGAGGAGGACACACUUUCUGCUGCGUAGCCGCAUGGCUGGCCUGGGCAGCGAUCUCUCCAUGGAGAGUGACAUCCUCUUUCCCAUAGGGUCACCUGAAACCAGAGAAAUGGACAACUGAGACUGGCAGGACUGAAGAUGAUGUUCAAUGUGACUGAGAAGACGAGUGAAGCAGCAAAAUACAUUUCAUUGUGUAAUUACAAGAAGAGAGGAGAUCAGCUCAAUGCCAUGCAAAACCAUUCAUACCUACUGAAAGUCUUUGCAUUUGUCACAUUACAACCACAAACUGUAUUAAAUAAGGGUCUUUUUUGUGUAAGACCAAUGCAAAGUAGUGCAAAAAUGUGAAGUGGAAUGAAAAUAUACAGUUUGAUUUUUUAUUUACAUAUAAAAAUGUGAAAAGAGUGUUGUCCAUUUCUAUCUACUCCCUUUUUUCUGAGAUAGCCCUAAAUAAACUAGUGCAAAACAA